UUUGUACUUAAUUAAAUAGACUUACGAUAGAGCAAAUUAAUAUUUUCACAAUUUUUAGAUGUAGCGAGAAAAAGAGGAGUUGAUUGAAAAAUUUUUACCUCGUACAUCUCGAAAAUUUUUAAAUUGUCAUUUUUUGUAAAAUACGUCAUAAAAUGGGUAAAAUCAGAAUCACGUGAUAUUGUAAACAUUAGCAAAAUAGCAACAAAAGAAAUUAUUGAUUUUAUGAAUUAAGUGUUUACAAUAUACAAUUCUUGUAUCUCUCUAAAACAGAGUACGUCUUUAGGACAUCCAAACAUCUUUGGUCGUUUUUAGAAUCUUGAGGGCCUUUGCUGAACAAAGGUUUUAUAACAAGAAACACGAUAUAUAAUUCCAUCAUACUUAAUGUUUCUUUUAAUUAAAUAUUUUUUAAUAUUUUAAAUGAAUUGUAUUAGAGAGAUACAACAUUUUAAUUAUAGUCAUUAUAUUUUGCCAAUAAAUUUCUAAUUGUGAUAUGUAUUUAUCACUCACAUCUACCAUUCACCACUGCACAGUUAUAAAUAAAAUCAAAACUUAAAGAAAGAGAGUAUGAAAUAUGUAUCAGAUACAAUUAUAUGGCUGCAAGCACAGCUGUAAUCAAUGUGAUUCUGUAUUUUAUCAAUUUUCACAAAUUGCAGCGGGUCGCAUUACAAUAUGGUAAAGGAUAUAUAUUUCGCAGUCUUCUUAUUCUGCAAAUAAUAUAUACAUAUGUGUUAUUUUUGUGAAUUUUCUCUAUUUAAUUAUUGUUAACUAGUAGAAUUUUUAAUAGAAAAUUUGCACGCGAUUCCACGUUUCCUUUGCCAUAUUGCAACAAUUACACGCAUACACACACGCGCAAUACUGAAAAUAAAUUGUGUCCGCGACACAAGAUUUACAGAGCAAAAUCAGUUGUAGUAAUAAUCGAAAUCUGUUGAUAUACAUGUGAUGAUUAUAUGCAUAUACUCCGUAAGAGCCAGCUAUGUGGUUUAAUUAGGCGAAACACUUUAAUUGCUUAAUACGCGAGGAGUAAAACAAUUAUACUUUUAAGCCGCAGAUGAAAUGUUAGCUUAAGUAGAUUUUUACCAAUAGUUGUAUUCGAUGGCACUAUAUCCCGACAGCACUUAUAGACUUCCCGUGCACGGUUCGCCGGCAAUGAGUUUCGAUUGAUUCAACUUUGCUUGCGAAUCUCACUACGUGCCUUAUCCGGAGAAUAAGCAUUGGUCAUAUCAAAAUCUAUGUUUCAACCAUGAUUAAUUGAUAACUGAACUAAUUAAGGAUUUCAUGUUAGAAUCGGGAUUUUUUUCGCAACGCGACUAAAGCAGUGCCAAAUCAUGUGUGUUGUACGUAGCGAUUAUAAAUGUGUAUCAAGAGAAGAACGAUAAUUUAUUUGUAUCAAUAUCAAACGUCGUUUUUGCCAAUGAAAAAUUAUUGUACUUUAUUUCAUCGUGAAUUUAUGAUGACUGUGUGAGAGUAGUGUGGAGAUUGUGGCAGCCAGAAAAUGCGGGUAAUGGUACUUAACGCUGAUAAAAAAAAAUUCCUCCGUGAGCCUUAGCUGAGUGAAAUUUAAAUGUCAUGUCCCCGAGCAAACACACAUUUUCAUCACUGAUUUUCUGCAGCAAUAAAUUGUUCUUCACAAUAGUUCUUCACGAAUUCUUCAAACAUUAAAUCAGACAGAAAUUUCGUAGGUACCUUUUGUGGAGCUUGUCUCCGAAUUCGAAAUUUUUCUUUGCAAGAAAGAUUCGCGAGUCUUAUAAACUUUACGAAUGGAAAUACAUAAAACUGUUUAAUCUUGCAUUAAAGUGCGUUGUUACUUGGAAAAAAGAGACAGGAAAUUUAUAAAAGUUUGCACAAUUUCGAGAUUCGAUAUGUUAAUACACUUUAUAUCUUAAAUAUUCUGUAUUCUCGAAAUAUAAUCGCCUCCAGCUUGCGCGCUUGCCAAGUCGUAUGUCGUACUUGUCAUGUUGUCAAUAUCCUAACCUAACCCAACCCUAACUUCGAUUCGGAGUUCUGUGGAUCAGCUGAUUGCAGUAUACAGCUGAUUAUGUUCGUUCAGCGAGAAUUAUUUAAGAUUCAGAAUUAUCUCUAAGCAUCGUCAAUGUAUCAAUAUUUGGUAAUAUUACAGACACAAUACUUACAGCGAAACAUCAACAAAGAUGGAUGCAAACAAAGACGAAGCACGGAAAAUCUAACUAAAGUUAGCGGAUUUCAUUUUAUUUUCAUUAUUUUACAUUUCUGAAUUAUAUGUUCAAUAUUUAUCAUAUAAAUAUACAUAUAUAUAUGAAAUAUUCUACGUGCAUGCGAUUUAUAUCGCAACUCGGAACUUGAAGGCGUUCUAACUACGGCACUGAUCGUGCAAAUUUACGAGGCAGAGGAAUCUGUCAAGCGCGUGAUUUCUUCUCGCAGCGCGCGGCGUUCCUUGUGAAACUCUCCCCACGACUCCCCAUGACCCUGCGACUCGAUCUCAUGCCCAAACUCCAGCUCGCCCGACGGAAGUUCCUCGUCCGGGCGAAUGUCCUCGCGUUUUUGCUCGUGGCGAUCAUCAUCUUUUUGUGCGUGCACUACCUGCCGGCGCGGGGAUGUCAGCUGGAUAACCGGCAGACACCGGAGAACAAGUCCAAGUACAGGCUGAUCGUCCUGAUUCUGAGCGAACCGGACAACCUGGAGCGUCGUAAUACCAUUAGGAAGACCUGGCUGGCAAGUCGCGACGCCGCAGUCAGACACUUCUUCGUCAUCGGCACCCAGGACAUCUUGCCGGAGCAGAGGGAUACCCUGCAUUCGGAGAAGGAGAAGUUUGACGAUUUGCUGCUGCUACCCAGGCUGCAGGACUCGUAUGGCACGCUGACGAAGAAGGUGCUGCACGCUCUGCAAGCCGUCCACGAGCGUUACAACUUUGACUAUCUGCUCAAGUGCGACGACGACUCUUACGUGCUGGUGCACAAGAUCCUGAAGGAGCUCGACAGGUGGCAGAGUAAGGGCACCAGGCGGGAGCUCUAUUGGGGUUUCUUCAACGGGCGGGCGCAGGUAAAGAGGAGCGGUCCCUGGAAGGAGGCCGAUUGGAUCCUAUGCGAUUACUACCUUCCUUACGCCCUGGGUGGUGGAUACAUCCUGUCCUACAAUCUCGUCAAGUUUAUCGCCAACAACGCGGACAUUCUCAAGCUGCAUAAUUCUGAAGACGUGUCUGUCGGGCUCUGGUUGGCGCCGCUGGCAAACAUUGAAAGGAAACACGAUGUGCGCUUCGACACGGAAUACCGAUCGCGCGGCUGCUCCAAUCAGUACAUAAUUACGCACAAACAAACGAUCCAGAGUAUGAGGAGUAUGCACGAGUAUUACGAGACCUCCGGCGCACUGUGUCCCAAAGAAGUUAGGAAUCGCAUGAGCUAUCAGUACAAUUGGACCGCACCACCCAGCCAGUGCUGCAAUAGACAAUCUGGUAUCCCUUAAUGUGAUGAAGAGAGGAUUUUUGCAACCCCUUCUAGUCCAGUUUUUUAUACUUGCUCAAGAAACAUUCUCACUUUAUCGCUUAUAUUUUUAAUGAUCAUGUAAGCAUUCUAUGUAUAUUCUGAUUUAUAUCCUCAUUAGACUAUUCAUUAAUAUUAAAUACUAUAAAAAUAUAGUAUUUUAUAUAAUUUUUCAAGAGUAAGAAAUUUAAACAAUUUUAUAGAAGAAAGUUAUGGAAGAUGUAACGAAUUUGCGACGUUCCUUCAAAGGAUAUACAGCAACUUCAAAUCUGAAUUUUAUUUGUUACUCGAAUAUAAUUGUGCAGUAGCUUUAUUAAAUAAUUAAUUCAAAACGCUUGCAUAUAUAUUUUGUAAAUAUUUAGUGACGAGCAGGUAGACAUAGAUCAAAUAAGUUUCGAUAAAAUAUAUUUUUUUCUAUCA